CCUGAGCUCCAUGAGGGGCAACUGGCCCCUGCUGCUGGCGGGCCUCGCCGGCGCCAGCGCGCUCUCGUGGGGUCCCUUCCGGAGCCCGGUGGCCUCCAAGCCGGGCGCCGCAGCCUCGCCGGCGGUGCUGCGCACGCCGGCCGAUGCAACGUCGCGCAGCGGCAUCUCCUCGGUCCGCGCGGUGGCGGAGCCGCUGUCGACUGCGGCCACGUACCAGGCCGACCUCGAGGAGCGAAUGAACUCGUACAUUCGCGAGCGGGGCGGUGACACGCUCAUCCGCCGCGUGCUGAUUGCCAACAACGGCAUGGCGGCAACAAAGACCAUCAUGUCGAUCCGCAAGUGGGCCUACAAGACGUUUGGCGACGAGAACGCGAUCGAGUUCAUCGUGAUGGCCUCGGCGGAGGACCUCGCCGCCAACGCCGAGUUUAUCCGCCGCGCCAACGAGUUUGUCGAGGUCCCCGCGGGCUCCAACGCAAACAACUACGCCAACGUCCAGCUCAUCGUCGACCUCUGCGUCUCGCAAAACGUC